AUGCUGAAGCAGAUACACUUGAACAUCCUUUUGGUGGACAUGCUCCGUGAGGUACCAAAAUAUACAAAAUAUAUUAAGGAUAUAGUGGCAAAUAAAAGGAGGUUAACUGAGUUUGAGACCAUUGCACUUACUGAGGAGUGCACUUCCAGGAUUCAACUUAAGCUUUCACAAAAGCUCAAGGAUUUGGGUAGUUUUACCAUCCCCAUGAGGAUUGGUGAAAUUGAUGUCGGUAGAGCCUUAUGUGAUUUGGGUGCAAAUUUUAUCAUCCUGGACUACGAGGCUGAUAAGUUAGUUCCUAUCAUCUUGGGACGACCUCUCUUGUCCACUGGAGAUGCAAUUAUCAAAGUCCAAGAAGGUAAGAUGAUCUUGAGGGUUGACAAUGCAGAAGUAGUCUUCAAUGUAUAUCGAGCCAUUCAGUUGCCUCAUCAUUACGAGGACCCAACCAUGAUUUCUACAAUGGAGAUAAAUGAACCAGCUGUAAAGCCAACUUUAAUUAUUGAUGAUGCACUAGAAAAAACAUUGAUAUUGUUCAAUCACUUGGAACUUGAAGAAGAGGUUGAGGAGAUAUUGCAAAUUCUUGAUGCAUCCUGCGAAUACAUAAGAGAAUAA